AUGACCAAGCGAACAAAGAAGGUCGGCGUUACCGGUAAAUACGGUACCCGAUUGGAAGUUCAACGAGCAGGCCAAGGGCGGCACGAGGCAGGAUGGGAGCCUGGAUAUGUAACGACUGGGUAUAUUGAUACGGCCGAAACUAACAUCAUGGUCUCUAGUUACGGUGCUUCCCUGCGAAAGCAGGUCAAGAAGAUGGAAGUCACCCAGCACGCCAAGUACACCUGCACUUUCUGCGGAAAGGUCACCGUCAAGCGACAGGCUACCGGCAUCUGGGAUUGCAAGUCUUGCAAGCGCACCGUUGCUGGUGGUGCUUACACCGUUGCGUUCGUUCUCCCAACUCUAUCGAAUGAUGCAUAUCAGGAUGGACCACUAACCAAGAAUAGCACACCUGCUGCCGCCGCCAUGCGAUCGACUCUGCGACGUCUCCGAGAGAUUGCUGAGGUUUAA